AGCCAAUGCGUCUGUUCUGCGUCUGUCUUAAGAUCGGAGCUGUUGUGUUCAAGAGUUUUUGUCUAUUUUUCUUACUCGCCGAGGCGGGGUCUACCUCCUAAAUCGCGUGUUUGACCUCUAUACGCUCCCGUCUCCGGAUUCAGAUCCUGACCGCCUUUCUUCUAAUACAAAAUAACACGGUUGUUCGCUGGCAUCUUAAUGUACUGACCUUUUUACUGAUUUUUGUGCACAGCAGGCCAGAGACAUCUUUUUCUUCAAUACUGUGUUUUUAUUGCAAAGUAUAGGAUACUACGCUAUAUAAGUUGUGAGAGGAAGCACCGUUUCUAGAGUACAAUGAUUACAUCUGUUAAUACACUAAUUUGCUGUGUGUAAUGCGGGUGGACAAUCACGGCUGAGCUUCUACACCGUACAUAAUUGGUGCAUCUAGGUAGCUAUGAUUCUGCCUCUUUUCUUUGAAUUUAAAAGACAGAGAUGGGUAUACUAUUGAAUGCUGGAGAGUAUAUUUCCUCCCUUUAACAUCUCUUGAUCUUGGUAUAUUUUUGAGGAAUCACUUACUCAGCCGAAACAAGAGUCUUAGCUAUCUGAGGAAAUGGAUACUUCACCUUCCAAACAAUAUCCAGUGAAAAAAAGAGUGAAAAUUCAUCCUAACACAGUGACAGUGAAAUAUACUUCCCAUUAUCCACAGCCUGGUGAAGAGGGGUAUGAAGAAGCUAACGAAGACAAUGAGAGUUUUGUGGAAGAUAAUCCAAAGAGAAGACUGCUCAGCAAUGGCCAACGGAAAGGAAGGUCCUUCUUUGGGACUAUUGACAUCCCAUCUCAGGAAGGACAAAAGCCAGAAGCCAAUAAAAGUGGACAAGAACAAAGUUUUGUAGACAGAAGCAUUUUUCAGUCCAGAAAGACUUGGGCAGUGCUUUUUGGAUCUGCUUUGGCCCAUGGUUGUGUUGCCCUGAUAACUAGACUUGCCUCUGAUCGUUCCAAAGUGCCAUCUCUAGAACUGAUCUUCAUUCGUUCUGUUUUACAGGUGUUUUCUGUCUUAGUUGUGUACUACUACCAUGAUGACCCUUUUGGACCAAAAGGAUACAGACUGCGACUGUUCUUUUAUGGAGUGUGCAAUGUUAUUUCCAUUACCUGUGCUUAUACUUCCUUUGCAAUAGUACCCCCAAGCAAUGGGACUACUAUGUGGAGAGCUACUACCACUGUCUUCAGUGCCAUUUUAGCAUUUUUAUUAGUAGAUGAGCGAAUGGCUUACAUUGAUGUAAUUACUAUAGUGAGUAGUAUCUUUGGUGUUUGCUUGGUCAUGAUCCCCAACAUUGUUGAUGAAGAAAAUUCUCUGUUGAAUAUCUGGAAGGAGGCCUUUGGUUAUACCAUGACAGUUAUGGCAGGUGUGACCACUGCUCUCUCCAUGAUAGUAUACAGGUCCAUUAAGGAUAAUGUCAGCAUGUGGACAGCACUGUUUACCUUUGGUUGGACUGGAACAGUAUGGGGAGCCUCUACUAUGUUUUUCCUUCAAGAGCCAAUAAUUCCACUGAAUGGAGAAAGCUGGGGCUAUCUCAUUGGCAUCUGUAUAUGUUCCACAGUGGCGUUUCUGGGUGUCUAUUAUGCCUUGAGCAAAUUUCAUCCAGCCUUGGUCAGCACAGUGCAGCAUCUGGAGAUUGUCAUAGCCAUGAUCCUUCAGCUUCUUGUGUUACACAUCUUCCCCAGCAUCUAUGAUAUGAUUGGAGGAGCUGUUAUUAUCAUCAGUGUCUUUUUCCUUGCAUGUUAUAAACUGUCUUGGAAGGAUUUAAGAAAGCAAGAUUAUCAGGAUAUACUGGACUCUUCCAUUAAAUGAAUGCCAAUUAUAUUCUGUUUACUGCCAUGUACAAUUAAUAUGCAUUCAUGUAUGUCUUUUGUAUAGUGUUGUUGACGGCAUACUGCUGUUUCAUGUUUGACUAUAGGAGGGUACAGCUGCUCCAAUAUAGCUCAGUGGAGUUCCACUAGAAAUUUCUGUUCUAUGUAUGAGAAAUGUUUUAAAAUGUGAACGCUGUGGAAAUUAGAUUUUAUUCUUAGCUAGUAUAUAAGUGCCAAUAUUCAAUAUAGACAACUCUGUUCUAAAAAAGAUGUAUCAUCAGAGUCUAACAGACAUAAUUGGAUCCUACAGUUUUUAUAUCAGACUAUGAUAUUCACUUGUGUAAACCAGCCAUUUGCAAGGUUCCAGGCAGGGCAGUCUUUGAAAGGAAAUAGCAAGCUGAACCCCUUAGCUUCUCAUACUAAAGAACCAGAUUUAUCUGGAAGUUUUUACAGGGGUUUGUCAUGUUAUAAGUUUCAUCACUUUAUCUGUUCCAGGCUGUCUGGUCCAUAGAUGGUUCUUCCAGAUUUCAUCUGGCUUGUCUACCUGCAGUUCUUCCCUUGAACAGAGCUCAGUGGUGCUGUAUAGGCUGAAAUGUUACAUGGCAAUCUCAAGUCACAACAAGGGCUUGCUGUGGGCUCAAGACUAGAAAGAGUGUGAUUGCAGAAAGAAACUCAGUAGGUGAAUGUGGACUCUGAAGGAAAGGGAUUAUUGUUCAUGGGAACCAUAUUCACUACUCAUUUUUAAGAUGUAAUAUUUCAUAAAUAGAAAUUUUAAUAUGUAUGUGGUGGUGAUGAUGAUGAUAUACUUAAUCUCUGCUGCAAGAAUUAUGUAUGAUUUUUUUCUAAUACCAAACCUUUGGCUAUUCUGCAUAUGCUGAUAAUUACUGUUUGCAAUAGCUCCCAUUGUUAUAAGUCCCCAUCCCAUUAAAGUGUUCUUGCAACAGCAGGCAAUAGUAUAGGUACAAAUAAAAGCCGCAAGCUCCCUCAUAAAAAUACAAUGUGGCCCAGGAAAGGGGAGGGCUAUGAGAACUUCAGAUCCUCUUUGGUUCAGGGUUACCUAUGGUGCCUGAAGUCAAUACUGUUUUAAGUAGAAGUGCCAGUUCUAGAGAUAAGAAGCAUCCAUUAUAUUGUAUCACCCUCUGGUUUCUGGAAU